AUGUUGGGUCGUCCGACACACGAGACAAUGCGGACAUCGACGAUAGCCUCCUGGCAGCCGCAUCAGCAGCAGGAACAGGAACAGCGGUCAUCGCCGUCGCUGAGGUCGCCGCCGCGUGCGCCACAACAACAUGACGGCGGACGCCAUCCGUAUCCGCACCACCACCACCACCAUCAGUAUCAGCACCGCACGAAUCAGCUCCAGCAGGUGCAGCAGCAGCAGCAGCGCAUGCCUCGCGCUGGCGCGCCCGCCCCUCCACCGUACUCGGAUCGCAGUGAUGCCGCGUCUGCCGGCGAGUUUGUGUCACCGCUCAUGCGCUCACCGAGGAUGCCCUCGCCGCUUGCAUCACCCUUUCAGCAUCAACAGCCGCAUCACAGGCGAUAUCGCUCCUCUCUGCCGGCACCGCCACCGCUGCGCAGCCUGACGCUCUCGCCAGACCACUUGUCCCUGCGACUCGUACGCGCACAUGCGCCGCACCACCAGCAGCGUACCCAUCACGUUGACCAGAGCCGUCGCCCCGCCACGUGCCAUGCUCCCCCUCUGUCGAUCGCCGCCUUAGAAGAGCACGACGCAGCGGGUGCCACGGCCCGGCACGGGCCUCGCGCCCAUAAUCGGCGAAGCACACGCGGUCGCAGCAGCGUUCAACUGCACGUCGCUGCGGCGGUGCUGAGCAACGACCAAGCGGAAGACAAGGAGCACCCGUCCACACCGGUGGAUCAGCGCAUCCCGGCCAUGGUUCCACCGUCGUAUGAUGUGUACAACCUCGACAUUCCUGGCGCAGGUGUAGGAGCAGCAGGAGGAGCGACACAUGGUGCCCACGCCUCGACAUCGCUGACCUCACAGGCGUACCAACUCAAAACUGUGCAGCCGCAGCUCCUGCACCCACUGAAGCUGGUGGACGGUGUGUGGCGAGUCGUCGUACCUCCGCAGCAGCACCCACCGACAUCAAGGCCGCAACUGCAGCCUUACACAGCCGCCCACCCGCGCCAUGACCACCCCCCAUCCCACUCACCCAGGCAUCACAACUGCGACCAGUGCGGUGGUUUGGACAACGGCGAGACGGCGUCCGCAACGGAGGCCGCCUUGCCGACAUGUUGUCACGGCGCAGAGAGCCCAACGUACAGGAUUCGGACAACGACCACCUUCAUCGCCGCCGGCACGCCGUGCGGCCUGUCUGUGUCGGCGUGCGGUGGUGACUGGAGGUCACCGUGCCUCGCGGCGACGAAUAUCUGGUGUCACCACCAGCACUAUCCGCAGCCGUGCCACGCUCGCACCACACCCGCGUCCGUCACAAUGCGUAGUAGCAGCGUCGGCCUCUCCGACGGCGUUGACAUGGCCCUUUCCCCCGUCUCCACCCCUGCGCGUGCGCCGCGUACGCCACGGCAGCAGCAGCAGCAGCAGCCUCACCUGCCGCACGAUCGGCAUGGCGCUCACCACCACUGCCACGCCCACUCCCUGUCGGUCCCCUCCUUCGCUUCUGAAGAGGCGUACGCCAUGUGUGGGCAGUGCAGCACGCCCCACGAGGCCGAUCUGGCAGCCGGCACGCCGUCGUCAGUGGUUCCCGGCGCCGCUGCCUCGGUGGCUGGGCGGGGGUGCCAGCAGGCGUUGGCGACACCGACAGUCAUCAUUUCCAGGGCAGCACCGGCGACCGCCCGAGACGCGCUCACCGGCACGACGGUCACGGCCUCUCGAUGGGCCUUUACCAACUCUGCCGCCGCCUCCACAUCCAUCGGGGCAACGCUACUGCACGGCAACGCGCGCACGACGCUGUCAUCAAGCGCCUCCGUCUCUGCAGCUACGGCCGCAGCCGAUGGAGGCCGCGGCGGCGCAGUCGCAGCCCAUGACGACGACGACGACGCGGCACUGCUGCACGCCUCCUCCUCGGCCUAUCUACGCUAUCGACGCGAUGCAGACUUUCUCUACGCCGUCGACGACGACGACGACGGGUACGAGACCGCGGCGGUGCCCAUGGCCAGAGGCGCCACAUCGUUGGGCAAUGCGUUCAUGCUCGCAGCCGCGCAAGCCACCGCGGCCAUGGACUCGCCAGCUACGGUGUCCCGCUGCGCCUCAUCCUGCUCUCCAGCGCCGUCGUCUGUGUACUACAGUCCGCAGCAGUUUCGCUUCGGCGACCUGCAGCCGAGUGCACCGGCGACAGCAACGACGACGCCGGCGCUUCCCACGCAUCAGCCACACAACUGGACGUUAUACGGCCAACGUGGCACACACACAGCUUCACAGCCUUCUCACGGUAACAGCGGCGGCAUUCUCCAGAGUUGCACAGCCGUGACGCCGCUGCGGUGCUCGUGCUGCGACGCGGCUGGGUGGGCCGGUCCCAACGUUCUGACGACCCCACCCAGCGCCUGCUGCGGCGCUCCCGGCACAGGGGAUGGAUGGCGGUCCCCGAUUCAGUGGAACCCGCGCCAGGCUCGCGACGACCUCGAGAUGGAGGCCGUGAAGCAGGUCGCGCAGUUUGCUUUGGCACAGGUGGCCGCCACAGCAGCAACCGGUGUGUCUUUGGUCUCGCUGUCUCCCUCGUACCCCACAAUAUCUUUGAACACGGCGGCGCCGGAGGCGGCGGUUGCCGUUUCGCCGUCGCACGCGCGGGAUGCGAGCCGCGCGGAAGAUGCGCACGAUAACUCGGUGAGUCAGGACACCGUCACCCUUGACGGGGAGGAGGAGGCGGCGGAGUGGCUGGAGCUGCUCCUGCACUACCGCGACCGUGAGAACGAAAGUGGGCGCAUUCGCCGCGCUCUCGCCGAUGCCGCCACGACAGCUCAGGCACCAACAACAGAGGCCGGUGGUACCAGCAACCACGGCGCUGCCGCGGCUGCCGUGACGGCGGUGACGACGCUAUCGUGGUGGGCGACCUCGCUCCUUAUGCGUGACGUGUUUCCCUCGCGCGGUGAUGGAAGUGCGCCACAGCAGCAGCAGAGGCAUCACGCUGGACCUCUGUCCGCUGUAUCUUCUCCAUCGAUGACAGCAGCGACACGGGCGGCGUUGGCGCCACCACCGGCGCAGCUGUGUGCCGCCAUGAGCGCACACAGGGCAGCUCGCACAAUAUCGCGGUGUGUGCGCCGUACCGUCUGGCGCAUGCGAGAGAACGAGCGCCAGCGCGUCUCUGCCUCCGUCGCCGCACGCGUCGCAGCGCGGUGA